CUGGGUAAGCGCAGUCCUGCUCAUGGUCAGUUUAUGAACCAAUUGGCGUUGGAUGCAUGAACCACGCAUGGAAUUGUCGCUUUAAUUAAAAGCUGCCAACAGUAAUGGAAACAUUAAGCCGGUUUGGAACGAUAGAAACGCUGCGUAACUGAGACAGCACGCUGACAAAGACGGGGGACUGGUGCGCCUUGGCACCACCAAACUUCACGGACGAACUGAGCAUCCAUAUAGGACAAAAGGUCUGCACGCUGUAAGCAUGUUUCUAAGGACUGUUCUAUAUGAUGUGAAUUUGUAAUUAUCAAGUUAAGGUCUAGUAAGGCGUGGAAAGCGCUGGUGCUGUGCUAAUAUUGCUCUCCUGAACCGUGCCAAUGCUGGAAUGGCUUGUGGCUCUGUGCAUUGUGAUCCUGGUGGUCUUAAUCUGGCCAGGCUCCAAAUAUUUCGGCACCGAGAGCCAGUCGGAUGCCUUGCUUCAGGGACUUGGGAUUUCACAACAGGCAACGAAGGACAAGACCGGAAGGUGCGUCUCAGAGCGAGAGGGGAGCGACGGUGCCCAGGCCGGGACCGAUGAGAAAGCACGCACCGUAGCGCUGAUCUGCAAACCGUCCGCACUGGCCAACUACCUCCUGAAACACUGCAGGACUUUCAGCAAUUACUCGCCGUGUGUCGGCUGGACGUGGCGGGCCAGCGCCUUCCUCCAGAGCGUGUACGAGGCGUGCUGGCCGUACGACAGCCCGGUCCAGUUUGUGCGGGACAACCUGCAGCUGAGCGACGAGGGGCUGGUGGCCCUGGACUGGGCUGUGCCGUCCUACCAGAAACGACGCAGGACUUCCAGCCACUCCACCAGUCCCAUUCUGCUCAUCAUCCCAAACUCUUUUGGGAAGAUCACUAGAAAUCUGUUAAAGUUGUGUGAAACAGCCCUGUCCCAUGGUUACCUUCCGGCAGUUUUCAACCGCCGCAGCCACAACGGCACGCCGCUCACCACCCUGAAGCUGCAGCAGUUUGGUGACCCUGCAGAUCUGCGCGAGGCCGUACGCUACAUUCGCCACAGACAGCCUGCAGGAAGACUGUACGCAGUGAGCGAGAGCACCGGGUCAGGUCUUCUGCUGUCUUACCUUGGGGAGUGCGGAUCAUCCAGCUAUGUGACGGCGGCCGUCUGCCUGUCGCCCAUGUUCCGCUGUCAGAGCUGGUUUGAGAACGGGCUGUCCUGGCCGCUGCAGUGGGCGCUGGUGCUCUACCAGAAGAUAUGUCUCAGCAGGUACAAGACGGUGCUGGGUGAGACCAUAAAGACAGACGCCCUGUUUUCUAGCAGUUCCCUGCGAGGCCUGGAGGAGGCGUUGUUCUGUCAGACUGGACCACCUACAGGGACCAGCAGUAGCUGCAGCACUUCCUGUACCUGGGAGGCUUACUGGGAACGUAACGAACCCUUAAGAGACGUGGAUGAAGUGGCUAUUCCUGUUCUGAGCGUGUGUGCUCAGGAUGACCCGAUCCGCGGAGAAACCCAAUCCACGGUACCCUUGGAACUCUUUGAGACAAACCCACAUUUUUUCCUCCUCCUGACCGACCGUGGAAGUCACUGUGGUUUCUCCACCCAGCCCGAGGGGAGCGCCCAUGGUGCAUUCGGUGCAGCCGGUUCCGCAGCUGCACCCAACAGUGGGAUGGAGAGCCGUCGGACCAACUGGAGCCACAGAGCUCUGCUGGAAUUCUUCAGGGCGACCACAGACUUCUUCGCUGCAGAGGAGAGGGCGAAGCAGCUCGCUGCGAGGAGGAGGGGGCUGGGGGGAGGCGCAGGAGGGAGGGCUUUCCGCCACCGCAGCGUCAGUACGUGUAAACGAGUGCCAGCAUGUUCCCAUAAUAUCCACGCCAUUUAUAACUGGCAGAGGUCCUAUACACGAUGAGGCAGCCUAAUGGAAGAUAAUGGACUGCAGGGAUGCUUGGUGAUAUUGUUUAGAUCUGAGAUGUGAAGGACUCUGGUCGUCUCUGCCUGUGUGAAGAUAUCCAAAAAAGUGCAGAUGUUGUGAAGGACUGAGGUCACAGAGUAAUUUUAAAUGUGUGUUGUUCUCACACACUCGGUCUAAGCCAUAAAACACUCGGACAGAAAAUAGAUCAUGCCAGGCCACACACUUGCAUGCAGUUGUUAUGUUUAACUGCUGAACAGUUGACACUAAAACUCUCAAGACGGGUGGCCAUAUAUUUUUCUACAAAAUCUCUUCACUGCCAGCUGUUUCAAACUGAAGGAUUCUGUCACACAUACAUGUAUUGAAUCAUCUGCCUCACAUUUUACACAGUUUACACAAGAUGUUUCAAAAUCUUGACACUCACUGUCGUAUCUUAUUCUUUUUAUCACUGAAAGGUUAUUUAUUGGGGAGAAACAGUGUUGUGCAUAGAGUAGAAUGUGGAGAAAAAAAAUCCUGUGAAAAUUUGAAAUUAAAUUGAGCUAAAUGUCAGUUGAGUUAAAUGAAGUCAUCCAGUGUUAAUGUGCACAUUAAAGAGAGUUAUUGAAUGUUCUCUUCUGUGUUGGGAAAUAUCCUGUGCCCUGAUUGCCACCCAGUCAGCUUUUAGAGGAAAAUCUGUGUCAUGAGGUUAUGAUAUUUUAAUGAGCCCGGAGGCUGGAAGCACUUUGUGGGUUUUCCUGUCUCAUCAUUUAAACUAUGUGCUCCAAGGUUUCCUCUGGCCACUCGAGAGGGGUCCAGCAGUGGAGCUCCAUGCUCAGGCUCACCUCUUCUGUCAGAUUGUUUCCGGACCCGAGGUUGGAGAAGGGAUUGGCGCAUGAAAUCGUGUACGCCAGACAUGAUCAUCAGUAUAUGAUAGCAUGUGUUCAUUCAGCUAGGCACACAACAUACAAUUUUAGAAAUUCUGAUCUUUCCAACUCAUACUGUAUGAGUAAAUUGCCUGCAAUGUGAAGCCAAAGCUCACAAUUUAUGUGCUCACACUCUAAGGUCUGAUCAUUAUUGAUUGCAUGAUUUUCCACCAUGGAUCCUGAUGAUGGAGAUUGGUCCCAGCACUGGAGGUGGGUCCCAGCAUGGAGCUCUGCUGCUGGGCCCUGCUGGGCGCUCGACAUCUGAAGGUGGUGGAGCUGUGAUUUGGUGGCUGGUUUCUUGCUAAAAUGAAGCAUUCAUGACUUACAAGAAACAUUUCUCAUGUCCCUGGAAAAGUGUUAUUUGGGUUCAUUCUUACGCAUUAAGCGAAUAAAUUAAAAUGAUACAAAGUUAUAAAUGUUGUGCUUAAAGUGUUCAGAUAAUAAAAAUGAGUGCAGCUCAAACAGGAAAAGUCGAGACUCAGGAGUAAAAAGCUUCAUGACACAAAACUACCAAGCAUUGUUGUCAACUGAUUUUCGUCUUCUAUCGUUUUAUAAACAUGCCUGUUGUGAUGGAAUUUAAAAUUAAAUAUAAUACAUUAACCAAGAUGACAAACUUGGGAUAUACACUUUGCAUCAGCAAUAUGUCCUGAAAAAUAUAAUUUAUCUAUCCGCUACACUACAGGUAAGUAAAUUCCUCAC